AUGUCAAGCUAUCUUGCAGAACUUAGGCACCGGUCUGAAGCAGAGUUUCUUGAAUUUCGUCAACGGAUUAAGGACUCGAUCAGGCAAAAGACGCAAAACGUAAACGAUAUUGCUCCAACCUCAUCAGACUCAAAUCCAAGAAAAAGAAAACUACACGAGUUUGGUUCUUUCUUUGGCCCUUCUCAACCUGGUAUCGCUUCAAGAGUUUUGCAAGAAAGCAAACCACUUUUAAAAGACGAGCUUCUUGCCACUAAAGUACUUGGCCCGAUCCAAACUGUAAGUCUCCAUCACAUUUAUUACAUUGCAACCUUGAAAAGAAAAGCUAAGAAGCUUAAAGAAUCAAGAGACUACUCUUUCCUUUUAUCUGAUGAUGCCGAGCUUCCUGUUCCCAUAAUGGAACCACCUUAUUCUCUUAAAGCACCUGUUCCUAACUCUAGACCAAGUUCCAGAGGAGGCCAAUCAAGACCGGAUUCUUCAGGCAUCCGAGUGUGUUCAAGACCAGACUCAUCUAUUAAAGGUCAACCACAAACAAAGCCUUGUUCUGCAAAACUAGCUCCUGCAAGAAAAUCUGAACCAGUGGACAACAAAAAGAAGCUAACUCAAAAGCCACAUUCUUCAUCAAAGUCAUUGACAUCUGAUCUUAACCAACAAAGGGUGGAACAGAGGAAAGUUUCCAGCGAAAACAAAAUGUCUUCACAAAUGGUUCCAAGACAACAAGCACUGUCUUCUUUGAAACACCACACGAUGGUUAGCAAACCACCAUUGAAGCAAGCUCAUCAACUGAAGAAGAAGAAGAAGGUGUCAGAAGAAGAUGAAGAGGCCUUGAGAAUGGUUAGAGAGAUGUGCAAGACUGAUCGUUUCGCCGGGCGUGAUUUAGAUUAUGAUGAUAGAGGCAUGGAAGCUAGCAUAGAAGAUAUCAUCAAGGAAGAGAAACGAAGCGAGAAACUUGCGAAGAAAGAAGACUUGGAACAACUUCGGUUGAUAGAAGAAGAGGAAAGGCGAGAAAGAGUAUUGAGAAAGGAGAAGAGACGGAAACUCAGCCAUUAA